AUGGAGAACCCGGGCACCGACAACCGCCCGCGCCGAGCCGGGCAGCAUUCGAGUGAUGCAUCAGACCCGGUACAUGCAAGAACACCGUCCGAGACGUCAUUCUUGUCACUAUCCGAUUCUAGUACCGACACGCUCAGUGUAGCAAACCCUGUUGGUGAUCCGGCACUGGCAGUGCCACGGCCUGACUUGUCUGUGAAUUCCUCUUCACAGCACCUGCUCGACGCUGCGGCGCCAAUUGCAGACAGUAGGGACAGGCCAAGGCCGCCGCCACUCUCACCGUCAAUAGCAUCGUCAGCGACUGAACAUCUGAAGUCGCCGGCGCCAUGGAUAGACCCCCAUUUGUCGCGAGACUUCAGGCAUGUCAACAGAGAUACUACAGCAGACAUUAUCGAUGAAUACCUGGCACCAAGAUCUCCUAAGUCUCGAGCCACUUCAGUGUCUUCAAGACUGUCUGUAGAGUUCGCCCCUGAAAAUGUUGGCGCUUCAAAAGCACACCGCCCGGUGCCUCUGAAACCUACAACCGCAUUUGAGCGGCGACAGCAGAGGAAACGGGCCAGAGAUGUUGCCCAGGAUGCCCUGUCACCCAUCGAGUCAGUAACGGCGUAUAGCGGGUCGCCAACUAGUCCCACAAAACCACCUACACCAGUAACACCAGCGGCACCGGCGACACCAGCGACACCAGCAAAACUAGGCAUUGCUGAAGACCACAUUUCUCCUGGCCCCACAGAUAGUCCUGGUAGUAUACAAAGUCAUAAUGGCCCUAGCGGUCGUGGUGGCCUACGAGGUCGCGGGGGUCAACGAGGACGCGGCGGCUUGCGGGGUCGGGGCGGCCGACAGGGUCGCGGUGGCAUGCGCGGCCUCGAUGGUCCACGAAGCCUUGAAGGUACAGGAGGGCCUCAGGGAUCCAGUGGUGCGGGCGCUAAGGAACCUAAUGAUAAGAAGAAGUCUUCCCAAGAAGAGAAGAAGGCGGAAGCGGCACCGCCGGGGCCUCUCAAUGAUCGGAGGAGGAAGAGGUUGGCGAAGGGCAAGUAUGGAGACACGAUCAAGGAUUUCGUUAGGAUCUUCUCUUAUACCACCAAACGAGACCGAGUUUUCAUAGCUAUUUCAGCCUUUGCUGCCAUAGUGACGGGACUGACAUUUCCGGCAAUGACCAUCGUUUUUGGAAACCUAGUUGGAAGUAUUACCACUGCUUCUUUCGCCGGUCAUGACGUUAAGUUGGUUUUGACGGGGAUCAUUAAUCAGAGCGUGCUAUACAUGUUGUAUCUCUUCGCCGCGAGAUUCGUUUCGGAAUACAUCGCAACACUUGGGUUCAACAUCAUGAGUAUUCGCGUAUCUUCUACACUUCGACUGGCCUAUCUGCAGGCUCUCAUGAAACAGCGGGUAUCGAUGCUGGAUACUCAACCUCCCGGUCAACUUGCAGCAAUCAUUACUGCAACAGCCAACACAGUGCAAGACGGUGUCUCGGAAAAGUUUGCUCUUCUGAUUCAAAGCAUUGCCCUGAUGAUCGGUGCAAUGAGCAAUGCCUUCUAUCACAGCUGGAAACUUACCCUCGUCACAAGUAGUGGCUUGGUCUUGAUUAUCAUCUGUUACUGUAUCACAACACCAUUUGUCGUCAGAAAUAUGAAGGCAGUCGAACAAAUCAACAUCAAAGCUUCUGGUGUUGCGAGCGAGGUUUUCGGGGCAAUACGAAUGAUAGCGGCGUUUGGCGCCGAGGCGCGAAUGGUGAAGAAGUAUGAAGAUUGGGUUUCGCAGUCUCGACAGCGAGGCAUGCGGCUUUCCAAAAUUGUUGCUGUGCAAAAAUCGAUAGUUUACUUCAGUGUCAUCGGCACAUUUGCGCUGUCUUGCUGGUUUGCAGCUAGAAUGAUUGUUGACGGUGAAAUACCUAACAACAGCAUUCUUAUCAUCGUCUUGAUGUGCGUGAUGAUGACAACGAACACGAUCGGAAAUAUUGCUCAGCCUCUGUCUGCUGCCUCUCGAGCAGCUGCCUCGGCUAGAAUUCUUUUCAAUGGAAUCGAGGCUCCUAAACCCAAGCCCGGAGGGAAAAAAGCGCCGGAAGUAAACGCCGCAGAUAGACUCGUCCUUUGGAACGUCAAUUUCACCUACCCAUCCCGGCCAAAGCAGAAAAUUCUGGAUCAACUGAAGCUGGUCAUACCAGCCGGUAAGGUUACUGCCAUUGUUGGCCCUUCAGGCUCCGGGAAGAGCACAGUGGUAAAUCUUAUUGAAAGAUGGUAUGAACUCGAUGGUGCAGCGAACAAAAACAAGCUAGUCCAAUACUUCCGCAACGGUUCGGUAAAAUGUGGUGGUGUACCUCUGCAUGAGAUUGAUCUCAAGUGGUGGAGAUCUCAGAUAGGACUUGUCCAGCAAGAGCCAUUUCUGUUCAAUGACACGAUCUUCACGAACGUUGCAUAUGGGCUGAUAGGAACGGAAUGGGAAAACGCAGAGGAGGACAAGAAGCGGGAGCUUGUGGCGCAAGCCUGCAAAGAAGCCUUCGCCGAUGAGUUCAUUGCUAGGCUUCCGGAUGGCUACGAUACCGCCGUGGGAGAGUCAGGUGGCAAACUAAGCGGUGGUCAGAGGCAACGGCUCGCGAUCGCCCGUGCCAUUAUCAAGAAGCCGAAAAUUCUGAUUUUAGACGAGGCAACAAGCGCGAUUGAUGUUCGGGCUGAAAAGGUGGUACAAGCAGCCUUAGACAAGGUGUCGAAGGGCCGUACGACAAUCAUGAUUGCCCAUAGGCUGUCAACUGUCAAAAAGGCAGACCACAUCAUUGUCAUGGCCAAGGGCAAAGUCUCGCAGUGGGGAAAGCAUGAACAACUGAUGGCAAAAAAAGACGGUCCAUAUUACUUACUCACUCAGGCCCAGCAGCUUUCCCUAGGUGAUGAGAAAGAGCCAUCGGAAGAUUCAUCCGAUAUCACCGAGUCAGAGGUACGCACAAUGGAUUUGAUGGAGAAGGAUGAGGAGACGAAGAAGAAGAGGGUGUCUAUGGGUACAUCAAGCGAUGGAGACGAGGAAUCCGAGCCAAAAUCCAAGGGCCUGAUCAAGUCUUUUGGUCCCCUGCUCCUGGAGCAGAAGCAGCAUUGGCCAUGGUACUUGACCAUGUUCUCUGGUGCGGUCGUAGCCGGAACAAGUUCGCCCGUACAGGCGUAUCUAUUUGCCGCUCUUUUGUCCUCAUUCAACGUUGGAGGACAGCUAUUGCUGAUGUUGACCAAUUUUUGGAGCCUCAUGUUCGUCAUUCUGGCGGGCUGUGUUGGUGUUGGCUACUUUGCGCUCGGAUUUGCCUCCACGCGAGUCGCCUUUAUUAUUACCACUUCAUUUCAGCGCGAAUAUUUCAACAACAUUAUCGCGCAGCCUAUUUCUUGGUUUGAUAAGGAAGAUUCCAACCAGGGAUCCUUGACGUCGCGACUUGCGAUGGAUGCACAAGCACUCCAGCAACUUCUGGGUAUCAACAUGGCUUUCGUCAUCAUUGCCAUAUUGAGUGUCACCGGAUGUCUGGCAGUGGCAUUCUAUUUUGGCUGGAAGCUUACAGCGGUCGCACUAUCUUGUGCUAUGCCGUUAGCCAUCGGUGCAGGUUUCUUCCGUUCUCGCAUAGAGAAAAAGUUCCACAAAAUGAACAACAAGGUGUUUGCCGAAAGUGCCAAGUUUGCAACAGAGUCUAUGGGCGCCAUUAGAACAGUCACUGCCCUCACACUGGAAGACAGCAUAUGCCGGAGGUACGAAAAUCUUCUCGAUGACCAUGUAUCGAAAGCAUUCAAAAAAGCACGCUUGGCUACCAUCAUAUUUGCCGCCAGCGAUGCCAUCCCUCUACUCUGCAUGGCUUUCAUUCUUUGGUACGGAGGGGGGCUCCUAGUUAGCGGUGAAUACUGGUCCUUCCAGUAUCUUGUCGUGUACAUUGCCGUCAUCCAAGGCGCAAUGGGUGUCGGCCAAUGGCUCAGCUUUGUGCCAAAUAUGGCGCAAGCCACGGUAGCCGCAAACCGUCUGGAAGAAUUGCGGAAGAGGGAGUUUGAUGCUGAGCAUGGUAUCAAGAUCGAUGAUGAAAUUCUUGAGUUGGAUGACAAGAACGACAUAAUGGGACCCAAGAUUGAGCUCCAAGAUGUUUGGUUCAAGUAUCCUACGCGUGACGUCCCAGUACUAUGCGGGUUGGAUAUGACGAUAGAAAAAGGCCAAUUCGCUGCAAUUGUCGGGCCUUCCGGUUGUGGCAAAACCAGCGUCAUAUCUCUACUCGAGAGAUACUAUAACGUCAAAUCAGGUAGUGUUCUCUACAACGGCUUCAACAUAGAAGACAUCAACCUCCGUGACUAUCGAAAAACGAUCUCGUUAGUCGCACAAGAAGCCUUCAUGUUUCAAGGCUCAAUUCGUGAGAACAUUCUUCUUGGCGUCGAUGAGGAUGCAGUAUCAGAAGAAGAUCUGCAUCAAGCGUGCCGAGACGCCGAGAUCCACGACUUCAUCAUCUCUCUGCCGGACGGAUAUAACACCAAAGUAGGGUUUAAGGGCAUCCUACUCUCCGGUGGCCAGAAACAGCGAAUGGCUAUAGCAAGAGCCCUGAUCAGAAACCCGCGUCUGUUGCUUCUCGAUGAAGCUACUUCGGCCCUUGACUCCGAGACGGAGAAGCUGGUACAAGGCGUCUUAGAGAGAACAAAGAAGUCGAGAACUAUGAUAGUCGUCGCCCACAGACUGUCCACCAUACAGAAUGCAGAUAUUAUAUACGUCCUAGGCGACGGUAGUGUAGUCGAAAGCGGGACACAUGCCCAACUAUUGCAGAAAAGGGGGGUGUACUGGAGUAUGUGUCAAGCUCAAGCUUUGGAUCGAUGA